AGGUAACGUUACCGGAUGUACAGGGAGGGCUUCUGGGGGAGAUAUUAAUAACGCUAAUGUGCCAUCAUCAUGUGAUUCCCUCCAGGAGUAGGACGCUUUACUCCGGCUGUCCGGUCCUCUUGCGGAACUGCGGGAGAAGUUUGCAUGGCACGAGAGCCGCUCAAAGACAACUUUAGAGAGCAAGAAUGAAAAUAAGAUGUGCCCACUACACACAUAGAUUGAGAGACAGGUGCUUCCUGAUUUCUCUGUCUCUGCUGGCGGUCUGUCUGCUCAAGCUGGUCCACGUCAAGGUGACGGUGAGGGACGGCGUCUACAUCGAGCCCUACGGGAUCGCGGCGGGCCUCUCCGGAACCCACAAGCAUAGGAACGACGUCAACUGCACCGGCGUCUACGAGCUGGACCCCGUGGAGAUAGGAAAGGCCCUCGCGAUCAGACGGAAGGUCAUCGGCGACGUGGACGACGACAGCACGGUGACCUUGACCUCGGACUGUCAGACGUUCAUCAGAACGAGGGGUUACGAUGGGGUCCCGGUGUCAGAGGCGGAGCGGGCCUUCCCGUUGGCUUACUCCUUGGUGGUGCACAAGAACGCGCCCAUGGUGGAGCGGAUCCUUCACGCCAUCUACGCGCCUCACAACGUGUACUGCAUCCACUACGAUCAGAAGUCUUCUCCUGCGUUCAUUAAGGCCGUUCAGAACCUGGCCCGGUGUGCUCCAAAUGUGUUUAUCGCUUCCAAAUUGGAGUCGGUGGAGUACGCACACAUCAGCCGGCUCAACGCCGACCUUAACUGCCUCUCCGACCUGCUGAGGUCAGAGGUCAAGUGGAAGUAUGUAAUCAACCUGUGCGGCCAGGACUUCCCUCUCAAGUCAAACCACGAGCUGGUCUCGGAGCUGAAGCAGCUGAACGGCAGCAACAUGCUGGAGUCCAGCCGGCCCAGCCAGCUCAAGAAGCAGCGCUUUGGCUUCAGGCACGAGCUGAAGAACGUGCCUUACGAGUACCGUCGCCUUCCCGUCAAGACCACGGCGCUAAAAGACGCCCCCCCGCACGGCAUCGAGAUGUUCAUCGGGAGCGCGUAUUUCGUCCUGUCGCAGGAUUUCGUCGAUCACAUCAGCAGCAGCCCGGUGGUGAAGGACUUUCUGGCGUGGUCCGCCGACACAUACUCACCAGACGAACACUUCUGGGCCACCCUCGUCAGGGUCCCCGGGGUGCCCGGACACAUUCCCAGGUCGGAGGCCGACGUCACCGAUCUGAAGAGUAAGACGCGACUCGUCAAGUGGAACUAUUUAGAGGGAAAACUCUACCCGGCCUGCACGGGUACACACAUGCGGAGCGUUUGCAUCUACGGAGCGGCCGAGCUCCGCUGGCUCCUCAACUACGGUCACUGGUUCGCCAACAAAUUUGACCCCAAAGUAGACCCGAUCCUGAUUAAGUGUUUGGAGGAGAAGCUGAUGGAGAAACGAAAGUACGUGUAAACAUGAAACUGAAAGGGAAGAGGAAAGGAGCAGAGAGUGGUUCCAGUAUUUCUUAAGUUGUUAAGCAAAGGUGCAGAAUGACAUCAAAGAACAUCUACGCAAUCGUUGUACUACAGCACAAUUUUUGAGAUGCAGGCACUUUACUUUUUGUUGUCAUUUUUAUUAGCCUCUACUACCUAUUCAGCCCAGUUGCCAGGAAAACAUGUUGGCAUAGUACGUUUGUGCAAAACACGGAUAAGAUGGAAUGUCUACGUUUUUGAGUUCCGUCUGAGCAAGUGUAAGGGUGUAUAUGGAGCAACCGCAAACGUAAGACUUGCAACAAAAGUAAACGUUGAAUUGAUGCUUCCUACGUAACCUUACGUAAGAAGGGCCAAUGAGGGCGGUUAGUAUUUAAUACGCUGGUUGCUUGUUAUGUUUGUUACGUUGUUGUGUUAUUAAUUGAACAAAGACUGUGAUCUCUGUUUAACCUUCCUAGUGCUGCCAUUAACGACACGUUUUUCAAAUCGAUUAACCCACUAUUUUACCGUUUAGCCGAUUAAUCAAAAUUAUAAAUUUUCCUUCAUUGAAAAUUUGCAGCACAAAACAAAUCCCUAAAAUCUUAAAUAAAGAUAUUGUAAUAGAGUAUUAAAAUAUGUCCCCCAUAUUCUUACAGUAAAAUUAGACGUUUGUAAUCAAAAAUUUGACAGACUCUAGCAUUUUUCAACAAGGCAGCAUAUAACGUCAUAACACGCCGGCUCUAGUCAGUAGCCCUCAUAAAGAUGAAGCGCAUCCGCUCUCCCUCCAUGCCACUGCGCACAGAGCUCCCCCUACUGGCGCUCAGAACACUUAUUCAGAAGAAUUUCUAAAGUAGCAAGCAGAUGAAUUCAUGGCUUAAUGAGUAUAUUUAGCAGCUCUGAGGACAAAAGAUUUUUAAAAAGACAUGCAUUGAUUUGAAGUAUUAAUCUUCACGCAUUGUCUGAAUUGAUACGCCGACUAACCACGGCCUAAGCCUUGACCAAAUAGUCUUAUUGACUUAACCUAACCAACCAAUUCACAACGUCAAUAACAAGGCGUUGUGCGUUUCUGCAGGCACGAAACCAGGCUGAUAUAUGAGGUAUUUACGAAAAUAUAUUUUUGGUCCAGAAACAUUGUUAUUCAGCGUAUCCCGUGGUUUUCAGAAAACGUAUUAUCAUUUUUCCUGAGGACUGGGCUGCUAUUUUCAUUUUGCGAAAACACUAAACACUUCUCUGAGGGCUUUUCAAUACUUUUCAUUUAAAGAUUUCUCCAGCCAACACAUGAUGAGGUCGUACAACGUGCAUUGCUUUAGUCUACCUAACUCUAUAUUGAGAGGCAUCGUCUGAAUAAUUCUUCAAAAGGAGUUCUUUAACUUUUAUUCAAACGGUAGAUUUGAUUUAUAUUUCUAUAUAUCAAUUAAUUGACUUUUAAAUGGAUUCUCUUUUCAAUGUGAUACUGCUAAUGGAUUCAAACUGUCUCUCCACCUCCUCUAGAUGACCAUACCUAAGGGCCUUUCCACAUUAUUUCAUUCAUUCUAAUCGUUGUCAGUGUGUAACUUUCACCGAUCGCACGUGGCAUUUAUUCAGUAAAAAGUGCCUUUGUGGAAAAGAAGGUUAUUUGAAUGAAUACCAUCCUAAACACAAGCUGCUACUUGAUAUCACAUCCGACUACAGUGUCUGUGUUGUUCUUGAAUAUGAUUCCAGAGACUACUCUUAUAUUGAGAGUAGAAAAUACCAAAGACUCAUGCUGUUCUUAUGUAUUCUGCUAAUGAAAUGCUCCGCUGUGUUAUUUUUUGUCAUGAAGAUAGCAACUGAUACGAACUAAGUUUAGAUCAAUGUUGAAAGGUUGUGAUUUCUGAUGGUUUAUGUUUUCCUGAAUAAAAGUAUGGUGCUUCUUA